AUGACCACAACCAUCCCCACCACCAGCACCAACAGGGAGACGGUGCAGCCCGUCAGGAAGCAGCACCGACCCACGGUCACCCCGGAGAUCUUCGAGGGGAGCACGGAGGAAGAGGAGUUCCUGCAGAUCAAGACGACCACGAAGGGACUGCCCCGGCGGGUGCCCCCAGCCCCGGAGAUGGACCCUGCUCUCCAGGGAGAGAAAGGCGACCGAGGGUCCCCAGGAGACAGAGGCCAGCCUGGAUUCUCUGGGGAGAGAGGGAAGUCCGGCAGCCCAGGGCAGCCAGGUCACCAGGGUCCUCGGGGCCCCCCGGGUCCUCCGGGACCACCGGGGCCCCCGGGACCACCAGGUGCCUGGGGAGCCAGGAGCCCACCCGCACCCGCCGCCCUCCCCGAGGGAUCGGAGAAUGAGCUGGGAGCAUCCAGCCCUGCGGGAAACCCGGGACCCCCAGGCCCCCCCGGGCUGCCUGGCCUGCCCGGACCCCCAGGCUACCCGGGCCACGAAGGCCCCCCGGGGGUCCCUGGGCGGGAGGGGCAGCCGGGACCACCCGGCCCGCCGGGGCUGGGACCACCCGGUUUCCCUGGGGCUGAAGGACCUCCGGGGUCUCCAGGCUUGGCUGGGCCAGACGGAGCACCGGGGGCACCAGGGCUCCCAGGGCCACAAGGUCCCCCCGGGGUGCCUGGGCACGAAGGACCUCCUGGUCCCGCAGGACCUGCAUCGCUCCCUGGCAAACCAGGGCUCCGAGGGGAGCCGGGAUUCCCCGGACUAAAGGGUGAGAAGGGCGAACGCGGACUGCCAGGCAUGCCGGGGAGCCCUGGCCGGACCGGAGAGACGGGCUCCCCGGGCAUGCCCGGUCCCAUGGGGCCACCGGGGCCACCAGGGGACUACAGGUGCGACUCGCACCACGCAGGGCACCGCGGAUCGGCCGGGCCGCCGGGCCCCAAGGGGUGCUGCUACGGGGAACACGGGUGCAAACCAGGCCACCUCCCCUUCCCCAGCACCGGCAGCCAGUCCGGCUCCUGGGUGCCCAUCAGCGGGUACCAAACGGGCGGCAAAGAGGAGCCGGAGAUUUACGGAGCGAUCAUCCCCCAUGUGAGAGACACUGCCUGCACCAAAAUAGCCCAGUCCAAUCUCCACACUGCUCUACUGCAGGGUCUUCGAGGUCCCCCCGGGAACCCUGGCCCCCCCGGGCCCCCCGGGCCCCCCGGAGCACCAGGUCUCCUCUACCUCAAUAGGGUUUACCCCGUCCGUGCCCAGCCGCCCUGCAAGCAGCCGGUAAGCCACAGCCUUGCCGUCCCUGAGAGGGACACUGUCCCCUCCCCAUGCACCGGGAAGGGUGUCCCUGUGCCCGGCGGCAGUAACGGGCCCCGCUUGCCUUCACAGGCAGCCGCCGACGCAGGUUGGGCAGCAGGCUCUCCAGAUGCUGACAUCCCUCAGACAGAGCCGCCGGACUCCCGUGCCGAUCUCCGGCGCCAGACGUGGGUCUUCAGGUCCAAGGAGCUGAUGCUGAAGUCGGGCGGCGCGGUGCCCGAGGGGAGCCUGGUCUACGUGCAGGAAGGGAGCAGCGCCUUCCUCCGGACCUCCACCGGCUGGAGCCGCCUCCUGCUGGAGGAUUUGGAGUCGCUCUUCGCUGGUGACGACCCCUCCGCCUCCACCCCACGGUACCAGGAGGCGAAGCAGGUGAAGACAAGAGGUCCUGACGUGGGGCCACCCGCGCUGGCCCUGACAGACUCACUGGGAUGGGUGUCCCUGGGCUGA